AUGAUGACGUGCCGUCUGCUGUGCGCCCUGUUGGUGCUUGCCCUGUGCUGCUGCCCGUUCGUGUGCGCGGCAGAGUCUACUGAGCAUACUGAAGCUGAAGAUCGUGAGGCUGAGGCUGAGGGAAACGACACCAGUUUAUUGCACUCUUUAUCAAAGACUAGGCCCGAAGAUGAAGAUAUUGGAAAGGCUGCCAUUUUACCGUCCGCUGUACCAGAGGUACCACGUAAGGAGAUCGGUAACUCAGGGUCGCCAAGUAAGGGGUCCGGUGCGGAACAGGGAAGAAAUGCCGGAGCGGGACCAGCCCCGACCGCUGCAGAUCCGGAAUCAGUUGGCGUGUCUAACACGUUACAAAAUCAUGAUACGGACGGUAAUCCAGGACCAGAAAUCAGCACAAGACAAUCCGCAGAAAAAGCAAAUCAGGAAACCGAAGAUCCUGCCGAGACUACUACUACGACGACUACAACACAUGCACCAACAACGAUAACAACCACUACAACAAAGGCACCAACUACGACCACUACAACAGAGGCACCAACCAUGAAUACAGAGGCGCUAACCACUAUGACGACCUGCGCACCGUCACGUCUUCGGGAAAUCGACGGCAGCCUCAGCAGCUCUGCGUGUCUGUGUGCCCCGCUGCUGCUUGCCGCAUCCGCGCUGGCGUACACCACUGUGAACUAA